CAGAGAGCAGCGCUUGACAGAGAAAUCAGGAGCUAUGAAGUGGUUGGCAGAAAAUAUUAAGGUGCUUUACAUUGCCAGUGACUGUAUGGAGCCUUAUGUUGAGAUCAUCACAGUGAAAGAGUCCAAACGCUGCCAGAGUCUGUGCAGCUCAGAGGCCUCUGAGGCAGAAGAGCCUGAGUACCAGCUGGAAGUUGAUGAUGAUCUCCCUGUCCUCACUGACCAGAGUCAUCUGCUAGAUGACUAUCACCUAGAAAAACUUGCUGCUCACAUGCCAGCAAGGACCCAGGGUUAUCAAUGGCAGCUGGUCUACAGCACAGCCGUCCAUGGGAGCAGUCUGAAGACUCUGUACAGGAACAUGGCUGAGGUGGACAGCCCUGUGCUGCUGGUGGUCAAAGACAUGCACAAAAAGGUGUUUGGGGCUUUUUCUUCAGAUCCAUUCAGAGUCAGUAAAUACUGCUACGGUACCGGAGAAACCUUCUUGUUCAGCUUCAAUCCCGACUUCCAGGUAUACAAGUGGAGUGGGGUGAACUCGUACUUUGUGAGUGGAAACUGGGAUUCAUUGCAUCUUGGUGGAGGAGGGAGUGGCUUUGCCCUGUGGCUGGAUGCUGAUCUGUACCGUGGUUCCAGCUUUUCCAGUCCGACUUUUCACAAUGCACCUCUCUCCACAAAUGAGGACUUUAUUGUACAAGACCUGGAGGUCUGGACUGUGCAGAAUUGACUGUGAACAUCUAAAAAGCCGAGCGAAAAACAAAGCAGGACCUGUUGUUCUGUGUGGAGCUCCCACACUUCAAGGCGUGUGGGUCGUUUAGCCACUACUGUACGUAUCCUGGUGGAGCGUCUGCUGUCGUCUGUGCACCUGGUUCAGUUUUUUCUUGCACAGUAUGAAUCCCGCUGACGGGGCAGCCACUCUAAUGGGAUUCAAGAAAGAGUCUAUUUUUAUUUUAUUUUUACAUCAAAGCGAGGCGUGUGUGCCGUUUAGUCACUCAGAUGUGCAGAUGGAGCAUUUACAGGUUUUAAAAAACAGCGUUCAAUGAUAAGUCUACAGGUACUGUAAUGACACUCAGGGUUCAAGAAAACGUUAAUUUAUUUUAUUUUUAUAUCAAUGCAUAUUGACAAAAAGAUUUUUUACAGUGUGCAUCUUUGGUUAA